GUCUUUCGCUAACUGUGUUGGGCUGCGGAGGAGACAGGUGAUCUGGGCCCGAGUCGACUCGAAUCUACCAUGCUCUUUCUUUACGCCGUGAUCCAAGUGUCGCCACGUUUCCAACAUGGCUCAUAAUCAGUCCGUUCAAGUUUUCGGAAGAAAGAAAACUGCAACUGCUGUUGCAUAUUGCAAAAGAGGCAAUGGCCUGAUCAAAGUAAAUGGUGUGCCAAUCCACCUUGUGCAGCCUCAAACACUCAGUAUGAAGAUAAUGGAACCAGUUCUAUUGCUUGGUAAGGAGAGAUUUUCUAGUGUUGACAUCAGGGUGAGAGUCAAAGGUGGUGGACAUGUCUCACAGCUUUAUGCCAUCAGGCAAGCUAUUUCAAAGUCAUUGGUUGCCUUUUAUCAGAAAUUUGUUGAUGAGGCAUCAAAGAAAGAAAUCAAGGACAUUCUGGUCCAAUAUGAUCGCUCUCUUCUUGUUGCUGAUCCAAGGCGCUGUGAGGCCAAGAAAUUUGGAGGACCUGGAGCUCGUGCUCGCUACCAAAAAUCAUACCGUUAAUUGCUCUGUCAUUGUCAUUGUAAUAUGAAAAUGAAGCAAUA